AUCGGAUCGCUUUGUGGGCGGCCAUCCGUGUAGCGAUCUUACCGAAAAAGCGCCGAACGGGUGCCCUGACGGGUACCGGUGCCCAGCCCAGCACAGCUCCUCGCCUUGCCGCCGAAGGCAGCCUUGACUCGCAAGUGAUUCAGCACAAACGAACUGUGUGUUCACAGGGUGGUUUUCUUUCUUUUUUUUUUUUUUUUCUAACCCCAGUAGUAGGCAUGAGAGUUGCUCCAAAAUACCAGCUGGCAAGGUGUGAGAUGCUGUCUGGCAGUUGAGUGCUCCUGCUCGUGCGCGGGCUGCGCAAAGUGUGAGAAAAUCCUGCGUAUAGCUCCGUCAGUCUCAGAAGCACCCUGUUUAUAUUCUCUUCAUGUUGUCUCAUUAGUGCAGAAACUUGCUUUCACAUGAACGUUACCACCAAAAUAAUUGCCCGAUACAAUUAAAGCUCCUGGCUCUUUAAAUUCGAUGGGUGAUAAAGGCCUCAUGUCUUUAUGAAUUAAAAGCUUGCUUGGUUGCAGUGUCUCAUUGAAUGUGGCUCCUCACUCCCUUCAGAAACACUGCUAUGGUGGUCCACGAGGCUUUUGAUGCACGUCAACGAAGCAUUCGCCCCCAGCAGCGCAUUCUGCAGACUUUAUAACUGCUGUGCUGGCCCUAAUGUAUUAUGCAGCCCAGGUCCCAAAGAAACUUUGUAAGGGAUGUCUGAAGAAUUUAGAUGGAGCGACUGACCUCAAGUACAGCCACUGAAGUUACUGACCAUUCCCAUGAACGCUGCCACGCAGACAUACUAAAUUAUUUACUUUCUUCCAAAAAGUCAAUGGGCUGUUACAAAAUUUACUUGGUGGUCCACCCUUUACAGUAACUCUGCUGUGAUAUUCCCAGUGAAAUAUUACUGUUUAUGUCUGUGUAAUAAGAAUGGAAAGAAAACAUACUUUUCUUAACAGGACAUGGAUGCAAAUCCUAUUUAGGAUGGGUUUUGUGGUUUGCAGCAUUGGGAGGUUUUGCUCUGAUGAAAAUCAUGUGUGUAGUUAGUUGUUUUACGCACUGCGAGUCUCAGAUGACUGGGAUUAUGUUCUUUCAGUUUAACAAGGUUAUCCAUUUAGUAAGUGGAGAGAGAUGAAUCGAGCACAACCCCUAGAUCCCAGCUCUCAUGAAUUUAAUAAGUAAGGACAGUCUGAAUCUCACCCUUCCACUCUGAAAAGACAGUCCUUACUGAACAGUACAUGCAAUUAAAAUUUUCAUUCUCUUCAAAUUUAGGAUAUUAGUAUGAGAGGAAACAAACUUCUCAGCGUGACACUGGACCUUUCAUUUGAGAAACUGUUAAAUUAAGUUCUUAAUUUUACUGGUGUAGGAAAAGAGGAUACAGAGGAGGUGUAAAUUGCACUUCAGAGUCAGGCCGGGUUUUUUACUGCACAGUCAUUAAAGGUGCCUGAGUGAGUCUGGCGUUCACUGGAGUCUGAUUCACCGGUCUUCUUAAUUACCUACUAAACAUGUAUGUUGUCUGUGCAAAAGGAAGGGGAGUCGCUUCAGCGAUGGAGGUGAAUCUGGGUAACCUCUAAGGGAGGUCACUGGUACUCCUUGUGUUUACAGCAUGCCAUGUUUCUGUGUGCAGGCGACGGGACAAGCUGCUAAAUCGGCAAGGACGGUUGUCAUCACUGGUGUUCCAGAUGGCCUUCUGCACAAUGAUGUCAUGACUGACAUACUGAUAAUUCAUUUCCAAAUGUCAAAGAAUAACGGUGGAGAUGUGGAAGAAGUUAUGUAUCCAACAAAGAAAAAAGGAGUUGCAUAUGUAACUUUUGAAGAUCAAGAAGUUGUAGAGAGUGUUCUAAAGAAGGAUGAACAUCGACUAGAAGACAAGAGACUGUCCAGAUACUAUCCGCUGAAAGUAACCCGUUACUGUGAAAAUGUCUUCAGCUCUGUCACAUCUGUCCUCAAUAUGUCUGUUUUCAAAGAUCAAUUUGUUUUAGAAGAUCUGAUACAAGAAAUUAAAAAGAAGAGCACAGCUUUGCACUUUGGUCCUUUGCAAUCCAAUGGGCAUAUUUCUGUUCAAGGGUCAUUUCCAGCAAUCAAAUUGCUCAGAGACUUUCUCUUACUAAAAGCAAAAUCCCUUUCAGAGAAGAACAAAAGAGAAGAAAGUCAGUCCUGUCAGAGACGAGGGAGGAGGCUACAGCAACACAGACUUACCAUGGAGAUGAGUAAUUUCGUUUGUGAUGCGGAGGGGGAAAAACAAAUGGUUGUUCUUGACACAGAUAUAUUUCACUACAUGAAGUACUGUUUCCCCAGGACAUUCCUAGUAAAUGAUGAUGUUGUAAUUUCUGACAUCACUGAUGGUGAUAUAACUACAGUAUAUAUUGAGAAUGCUGGAAGUAGGUCUGAUGUGAGACAGGUAUUAAAAGUCAAAGAGAAAAUUGAAAAUAAGUUUAUAAAACUCCAUAACUUUUUACGUAAAGAAAGGAUCUACUUUGAGGAGCACACCAGAAAUGAAAAGCAGAGAUGUAAAUGGGCAUGUGAAAGUCUAAAACCCCAUUACCCUUAUGUUUUGGUCAUUCCUUAUGAUACUCACAUUGAUGUUAUAGGAAAUGCUGCUGAGAUUUUUGCAUUUACAAAGGAAGUGAGCAAGAAGAUUCAGAGCCUGUUUCAAACCAGGUAGAAACUUAAGUAUUGAUGUUGAUUACACAUUGUGCUUCUCACACGGACUGUCCUGGUGCAACCUGUGCACCUCCAUGUCACUGCAGAUCUCCUGUGUUUCUCCCACUCACAGGCUGGGUAAGUUUGCACAUAAGAUCUCUAUCUCUCCUGAGCUUCGAGACGAAAGAAGUUAGGCUUUUUCUGCCCAGAUACAGCCACCUUUUUUCCUUUCAUUAACUGCGUUCUGGGCACAUGCACACUCAUUCUGUCUUGUUGUCAGGGAGCAUAUGACAACAGAAUUUUUUUAAGAGUUCUCAAUUAGCAUAAGAACUCAGACUGACAAAGCUGGGUGAGCCAACCUGAUAGGAAAUGCUGCAUGGAGGCUGACUUAUGUUUCUUUGUGCAAAGAGAUGACCACUGAAAACAGGAAUGGUGUCCUUUUUCUGUUGCCUUUAUCUGCAGAAGGAAGUUCUCAUCAUUGAGAUGCACAAAGAAGAUCAGCCUUUGGCACCUGAAGGGAUUAAAUGCUUAUUAAAUUUGCAGGCUUGUCAUGUCCUGAUAAAGACCUGAGAAGGUGGCAUUGGAACUUCUUCACAGUAGAAAAUAAGUGAGUUUGUUUUCAUAGGAGCAAUAACUUUUUUUUUUUCCCCAGCUGUAACAGCAUCAGCAGCAUCCCUUGACAGCAUGUUAUUUAGACAGGAAGUUUUCAUGUGGAAAUCUUGGGGUAUUUAGACUUUUGAAUCAGUUUUUUGAUUAUGCAAAUCCGAUUCUAUAUCCAUUACAGGGUCCGAAUACCUAUCCUAAUUUAGGUGUUUUAGAAAAUGGAUUUAGAAAAUAACAUCUGUUUUGUGAUAACAGUGUGUUCAGAAUACUGUCUCAAAACAUGCAGUGGACCAGCUUUUUUGUUGUAUGUGCUGAAAAAAUUUUAAGUUUUUGUCAUUAAAGAAACUAGUUAUACAAA